AUGAAGAUGCUGACGGGAUUUCGUUUUCGGCCCUCUAAUGAUGAGCUUAUAAACCACUAUUUGUUGGGGAAGGUCAGGGGAGAAGAGAUCACUUGGGAUGGCAUUCGUGAGUUUGAGCUUUAUGGAGAGAAGAUCCCCUGGGAACUUUUCGGUGAUCUUGACAGUGAGGAGGAGGAAAAGCAUUACAUUUUCACGAGGCUCAAGAAAUCCGGCAAACGCGUGUCAAGAGCAGCCGGCUGUGGGACUUGGCAUGAAAGCUCUUGCAACCAAGUAUAUGAUAGUGAGGGUCAAUGUGUGAUUGGACUUAAGAAGCAGUUCUGUUUCAAGGUUAAACGCGAAUCGCGAGUGGAGAAAUCCCACUGGAUCAUGCAUGAGUUCUCCUUGGCGGGUGUCUUUGAGCAAGAACGGUGUAACAACUGGGUUCUAUGCGCCGUAAACAAGAAGGGGGCAGAAACAAAAAAAGUGGUGAAGAGACGUUUCCAGGAUGUUCAGAUUCCCAGCACCAUCGUCCCUGUUGAAGCUCCAACUCCAUCCCUUGAAGUUGAAAGCCCCCAAGCCGGGAAUACAAACCUUUUGCUACUUGAGGAUGAAACCUAG